AUGGCCGAAGUUGAUAAGGGAAAGAGACUACAAUCUCACGCAUCCCCUAAGAUGAAACAAAACAGUAGGAUGUCAACUGGCAGAGCAAGAUCUAACUCUAGAAGUAGUGGGUCUAGGUCACAGCCAUCCUUUGAUCAGUUUGAUCUAGCCAUCAAUCCAAUGACAAUGAAACCAGUAAAUGCAAACAGUCCGAAUACAAAAAUUGGUGGUUCAGUAAUACCUAUUCUACCAACCAGUCCUCCAGGUCCAGAUAUGAUGCAAUCAACUAUAAAUGCACCUUUAGAGAGGCAGGUAGUACCACCACCGACAUUCACAUCACGAAACCGAUAUACACAUAUUCUUAUUCUAAGGUCAUUAAAUGGUACUUUUGAAACAAAAUAUUUAGUGAUCCCUUUCAAGCCUGAUGCAUUAAAACUUGGAAGACCCGUAGUAAGUUCAAAUAGUAGUGGAAAUGGGAAUGGGGGAUCUGGCCCAAAUGGUAAUAAUUGUGGAAGUAAUAGCAAACGUGACGCCAGCUCAAUGGUCAAAUCAGAUAAUGGAAAUUUCGAUUCAAGAGUCCUAUCGAGAAAUCAUGCGUCUUUGAGUUGUGAUAGUAAAACAGGUAAAAUAUACAUCAAGGAUUUGAAGUCGAGUAAUGGUACGUUUGUUAAUGGGAAUAGAAUAGAUCAAGAGUAUGUGGAAUUGAAAGUAGGUGAUGUUAUUGAUCUAGGGACAGAUAUAGAUACAAAAUUUGAACAUAGAAAGAUCAGUGCAUUUGUUGAAGAAAUAUCGGUCAUACCACUUAUAGAUGGUAUUACUGAAUUGCCAAAUACAUUCUCGGAAACUGGAAAUAAUAAAACAGAUUUGAGCAGUUCUAUGCCUUUAGGUGUUGCGAAGACCAUCCAGGGACAUGCACAAUUACAAUCCCAAUCAUUCUCCAAACAACAACAAUCGCAACCGACAACGACAGCAAUUAACUCGAAUAGAUAUAACUUGCAUAGAGGUAACGACGAUCCCUAUUUGGCAGUUACAGCUUCCACAGCUCAAAGAGCAGCAUUUGAGGCAGCAAUGUUUGGGGAUGUUAAUAACUUAGAUAUCGAGGAUGCAGUAUUAGGACCGGAAACAGAAAUUUUGAGUGGUAUAUUUAUUAAUAAUUCAAUUGGAACGAGUCCCAACCUGAUAAAUAUAAUAAAAUCACUGGCCACAGAAAUUGCAUUAGAGAAACAAGAAUUCCUCAAAUUGAAAUCUAUUGAAAAUUUCUUGGUUAAUUAUACAACAAAUUUAGAAUACGUCAAUAAACUCAUGAUGGAAAUGAAUGAUAAGCAAUUAGUAAAAUUACAAAACUCAUUAAAACAGCAGUUUACUGAAAAACAUGAGACUUUAAUUAAGGAUACAAAGGCACAAAUUGAAAAAACCAAAAACGAUGCCAAUGAGUUUAAGGAUAUUUGUAAUGAAAAAGGAAAAAAUGAUAACGCUACGAUACAGGGACUUGAAAUGCAAGUAGAUGAUCUCAAGACAAGGUUAGAGGUUGAAAAAUAUAAGAAUACGAAAUUACAAGCUUCAAAUACGACCCAGAAAAAAGUUUCCAAAAUUAAUAUAGCAGAUAGCACAGCUCUUGCAGAAGAGGGUAUUGAUGAUGAUAAACCAUCUAAGAUAGACAAAAACAGACAGUAUUUAGACGAACAUAAAGCGAAUGCUGGAAAAAGUUUGAAAGGUGCUACGUUAUUAACCAUUACCGCCGUUUCCGUUGGAUUUAUAGCAUUAAUUCUAAAAUAUUCUUACAAAUAA